AUGCCAAGAACUCCUCCACCAGACUUACCAUCUAUGCUUCUUGACGGGAGAAUUGUUUACAUUGGAAUGUCUCUGCUUCAGUGGCUGGAUCCCAAGGAGCCUGUAUACAUUUACAUCAACUCCACUGGGACUACUCGUGACGAUGGCGAGACUGUUGGAAUGGAAUCAGAAGGUUUUGCGAUCUAUGACUCUUUGAUGCAACUUAAAAAUGAGGUGCAUACAGUGUGUAUGGGAGCAGCCAUAGGUCACGCAUGUCUGUUACUUUCAGUGGGCACAAAGGGUAAACGGUUCAUGAUGCCACAUUCUAAAGCAAUGAUCCAGCAGCCUCGUGUGCCUUCUUCUGGGUUGAUGCCUGCCAGUGAUGUCCUGAUUCGUGCCGAAGAGUUCAUCCCUAUGCUUCUCACUUGA